AUGCUUUUUAAGAAAAAUCUUAAUAAUUUAUUUUUGUUAAAUUAUGCAAAUAUUAUUUUUUCAUUAGAAAAAUAUAAAUUUAUAAGUAAUUUGCAUUAUUUUUCAUCGACUUACUUACUUGAAGAAGAUGUAGGAAUUACUCACUUUAUGACAGAUUUUAUUGAAAUAAAUAAAAGUGAAAAAUGGGAUUUAAAAAAUAAAAAUAGCCUUGAUUGCAUAUUCAAGUAUAAAUGUGAAGAUUUUCAUGUAUAUGAAAUUGACAAAAACAAUAAUAUAUUAAAUUUAAAAUUCUUUAAAAGAAAAAUAUUAAAUGACUUAAAAAAUAGUGACACUAAAAUAUAUAAAUUAAACAAUAAAAAUGAGUUUUACAAUAAUGAAAAAAUAUAUUACAAUACAUUAAAGUGCUCAAAAGAAAUCAUUGAAAAAAAUGCCUUAUAUGUAAAAAAUAAAAAUGAAUUUUUGGGUAAUUUAUCUGAAAAGAAGGAAACUUAUACAGAAAGCUCUGUUAUAGAAAAUAAUGAUGAAAAUGAUAAAUUAAAAUUAGACAAUGUGAAAUUUAUUCUUUAUAAAGUUAAUAAAGAUACUCAAGAAGCAAUUAGAGAAAUUAGCGAAGCUUCUGAAAUUCCAAUUAAAAGUUUUCAUUAUUCAGGUUUUAAAGAUAAAAGAAGCGUUUCUACUCAAAUAAUUUCAACGAAUUUUAGUUACAUAAGAGAAAUUGAUCGUAUAAAAAAUUUUUAUUUGAGCAGUAAAAAAAAAAAAUUACUAAUAUGUGAUAUUGAAAAAGUACAUAAAAAUAUAGAGUUAGGUGAACAUCGAGGAAACAAUUUUUUAGUUGUUUUAAGAAAUGUUCAAAAUAAUGAAGAUUAUUUAAAGAAUAGACUAAGUUAUAUCAAAAAAUUUGGAUUCAUAAAUUAUUUUGGUAUGCAACGAUUUGGUGUAUAUAAAAAUACAUUUAACAAAGGAAAAGCUCUAAUAUCUAGAAAUUAUAAAGAAUAUAUAAAUUUUGUUUUAGACCCAAAUAUAUUUGAAAAAAAAUUUUUUUUGGGAAAUAUUAUUAAAGACAGUGUAACCAUUUAUUUGAAAAAUGCUUGUAAUAUACUCAAAAAGAAAAAUGCUACACUAGCUUUUAGAUAUUUUACAAGUAAAAUGAAUAAAUUACUUAAAGAAAACCGCAUAAUACAAGAUAGUGGAUCAAACAAGCAGUCAUUUACAUACAAAUAUUUCUAUUCAUAUAUGAAUAAUUCUGAAUAUGAGGCUUUUAUCCUCCUUAGAAAUUUAUAUAUGUAUGAAAGAAACAAUCAGGAAAAUAAAAAUAAUAUAAACAAUGAGAAAAGUGAGCUCUUAAUAAGUAAUUUAAAUAGCCAAAAAGAUGAAAAUAUAAUGAAUAAAAUAAAUGAUGAAAACUAUGAAAGUCAGAAGUAUUUUUAUAAAAAUGAAAAAACAUGUGUUAAGGGAAUAAGCAUGGAAACAAGAAGAUUUCAUAUGCACUCUUAUAGUGCAAAAAUAUUUAAUUUUUUAACUUCUUACAGAUUAGAAAACUUUGGAUUAAAAUUAGAAGAGGGUGAUUUUGUAUUUACAAAAGAAAUUCAAUCAGAAGGAGAUGAACAAAAAAAACAGCAUAAUUAUAUAACUAUAUAUGAUAAUCAAUUAAAAGAUUUAAAUAUAUAUAAUGUCGUUUUACCUGUCUUAGGAAGUAUGCCACAUAGGUUAUCAUAUUUAAAUGUUUUUAAAAAGCUUUACAGAAAAUACCGUGGACAAAAAAUUCGCAUAGUUUUUUUAGAAAUAUUAUUAUAUUUAAUUUAUAUUUUAUAUGAAGAUAAUUUGUUUGGAGUAGGUUGUAAUUUAAUUGAUAGUUUUAUUAAUGAUUUAAAGCAAAAAAAUAUAAAAGAAUCUAUUAAAUUAAAAGGUGGAGAAAUUUUAAACGAUAUUUUUCCAGUUAGAAAAAUUUUACAUCUAAUAAAAAAAUUUGAUAAAUAUAUAAAUUCUUUUGAAUAUGAAUAUGGAAUGACGUGUGUUUUUAGAAAUAUAGUUGUAAUACCGAAGAAUUUUUAUUAUUGUUUUUCUAAAUACAAUGAACCUAAAGCUAAAUUUAUAUCUGAUUUCUACUCAUCUAGUUUAAUGAAUAAUGUUUUAAAAAAAGAAGGUAAAAGUUCUAAUGCAAACAGUUACUGUAAUGACAGUAGUGACAAAAAUACGAGCAAUUAUAAUAAUGACAAAAACACUGAUUAUUCUGAAGAAAUAGUGUUCGAAAACGGUAUAAAGCAUUUAAAGCAUAUGAGAAACAUUAAGAAUACAGAAAAUAAUAUUCAAAUAAAAAAUAAAAAAAAAAUUUCUUUAAUAAAUAAAGAUGAAGAAAUGAAUAAUGCAAAUUUUCAAAAAGACAAAAAUAAUCAUAAUAGUAAAGAAAAAGAACAUAAAUACAAACUGAAUGCUCUUAUAUUAAAUUUUAACUUAAAUUCUUCUUCAUAUGCUACUAUGCUUGUAAGAGAAUUAUACAGGAAGCAAAAUGAACUAUUAGUUCAUAAUUUGAUUAAAAAUUGCAAAAAAUAUGAUAAACUAAUAGAAAGAUUAAAAGAAUAA